AUGUCCGGCAUAUUGAACAGCAUCCAGUCAAUACUCGGCAACCUAUGGACAGACUUGACCAAUGGUCUUGAUAAGAUACUUCCACCAGAUAAGAGGGACGAGAUGCUUUCGAAGCUUCAGGAGUUCGCUACCCUCAACCCUAAGCUUGCCUUCGUCUUCUGGAACACUGGCGGUGUACAGCUUAAGAAAGUCUCACGUUUACAUAGGCUCAGUGGAGGUAACACCUCAGCUUCAGAUGGCAAGACUAUUGGCGACAAGAUCAAAAACUUUACUGGACGACGCAUAGACCAGUUAUCUAAUGGAGCGCCCAAGCAGCAUGACAAAGAGCGCACUGGUGCCAACCCGACACCUGGCAAAGGGAACGAUGGUACCAAUGGCGUGAUGGAUGAAAAUUCCAGCGAGAAAGGACCACAAAAAGUUACAGAAGACCUGAGGGAUAGCACAAAUCAACAGUCGAAGAAUUUGCCAACGAGAACCCUGAAGAUUGUGGAAAGCGACGAAAACGCUGCAAAUACGAAGAAACCUACAGUGACUGCUACUAAGGAUCCAGUUGAUGGAGCUAUGGAUGAUGCAGGCGCGCGAUGA